AUGCUGGUGCACACUUACUCCGCCAUGGAGCGCCCCGACGGGUUGGGCGCAGCGGCGGGCCCGGCCCGCCUGUCGUCUCUGCCCCAGGCGGCCUACGGGCCGGCGCCACCGCUCUGCCACACGCCAGCCGCCGCCGACUUCCAGCCGCCCUACUUCCCGCCGCCCUACCCGCAGCCGCCACUGCCCUACGGCCAGGCGCCCGACGCCGCUGCAGCCUUCCCCCACCUGGCCGGGGAUCCGUACGGCGGCCUGGCGCCCCUGGCACAGCCGCAACCUCCACAGGCCGCCUGGGCUGCGCCCCGCGCCGCCGCCCGCGCCCACGACGAGCCACCCAGCCUGCUGGCGCCGCCCGCCCGCGCGCUGGGCCUAGACCCGCGCCGCGACUACGCCGCCGCGGUGCCCCGGCUCCUGCACGGCCUGGCCGACGGCGCGCACGGCCUGGCCGACGCGCCCCUCGGCCUCCCUGGGCUGGCGGCGCCGCCCGGCCUAGACGACCUGCAGGCCAUGGAUGAGACGGGAAUGAGUCUUCUGGAUCAGUCCGUGAUCAAGAAAGUCCCCAUCCCCUCCAAAGCCAGCAGCCUCUCGGCCCUCUCACUGGCCAAAGACAGCCUGGUUGGUGGCAUCACGAACCCCAGUGAGGUCUUCUGCUCCGUGCCAGGCCGGCUCUCGCUGCUCAGCUCAACGUCCAAGUACAAGGUGACCGUGGGGGAGGUCCAGCGGCGACUCUCAUCUCCCGAGUGCCUCAAUGCUUCCCUGCUAGGCGGUGUCCUUCGCAGGGCCAAGUCCAAGAAUGGGGGCCGCUGUCUGCGGGAACGGCUGGAGAAGAUUGGGCUCAACCUGCCAGCUGGCCGUCGCAAGGCCGCCAAUGUGACACUUCUGACGUCGCUCGUGGAGGGAGAGGCCGUGCACCUGGCCCGAGACUUUGGCUACGUCUGCGAGACUGAGUUCCCAGCCAAGGCAGCCGCUGAGUACCUGUGCCGCCAGCAUGCAGACCCCGGGGAGCUUCACAGCCGCAAGAGCAUGCUGCUGGCCGCCAAGCAGAUCUGCAAGGAGUUUGCAGACUUGAUGGCUCAGGACCGCUCCCCGUUGGGCAACAGCCGCCCAGCACUCAUCCUGGAGCCUGGAGUACAGAGCUGCCUGACACACUUUAGCCUCCUCACCCAUGGCUUUGGUGGGCCCGCCAUCUGUGCUGCCCUUACUGCCUUCCAGAACUACUUGCUGGAGUCACUCAAGGGCCUGGACAAGAUGUUUCUAAGCGGUACGGGCAGUGGGCACGGUGACGCCAAGGCUUCAGAGAAGGAUGCCAAGCACCGGAAGUAA